AUGUGGAAUGAUUUAAUUUACAAAGUUAAAAAUCACCAUAAAUCAUUAAUCCCCGCUGCCGCCGCCUCCCUCUUCUCCCCUUCCUUCCCCUUUUCUCUCUUCCAACUCCAGCAGAGGCACCACCGCCGGCAUUGCUUCUCUGUUCUCCACAUCUCCUACGCCGUUCACCUUUUGCGUCGCCGCUCCCGUCUCUCCCUCUUUGGCUGCUGCAAGCGUCUCUUCCCGCUUGCCCGUGUCGCUGCCGCCAGCGUCUUUUUGCCACUGUUGGACAAACUUUUGAACCUGUCACUUGACCGGUUCAGUUCUCGCAACCUUACUCUCUCAUCCACUCACACUCACUCUGCGUCUCUGCUUCGCCUCUCAGACCUCCUCGCCGCCACUUCCUCGUCUCCACUGUCCCUCGACAUCGCCUCUCAACACUCGGUUUGUGGCCUCGCCUCUUCCUCUGAGCCUCCGCGUCUUGCCGACUCGCCGUGCCUCUCUCUGUCGCCGUCAGUCCUUCACGGUCCCACUGCGUUGCCCCUCCCUUUCCGUGGCCAAUUUACUGUCCAUCUGCAGUCAGCAGGUAUGACAAUUUGUCUUCUGAAACUCUGUUUAUUACUAUUUAAACUAUGUUUGAAUUAUGGAUAAAGACAAUGUUUAUUUCGAUUUAAGUAUUGACGACAAUGA